AUGUUUGAAACAGUGACUUCAAUUGGAAGUAAAAUCCAUCGCAGUUAUUGGGGACUGAUCAACAACUAUAUAUAUUUAUCCCGGGAAGCCGUGCUCCUCCAUGCUGUGGAGAACGCCAGAGCACGGAAGUCGCAUCAAAAGAAUCAUAAAAUCACCAAUCAGAGAAAAGGGACAGACGAAAACAUUGAAACGCAGGACACUAUCCAAAGAGUAAAAAAUAUCAAAUUACCUGAGAGGCACACCUGUCUAGAAGUUGAUAGCACUCUAAAACCCACAGACUCAAGGACUCAUUUAGCUAAAUGUGGAGUGCCCUUAACACCUAUUGUACAGGGUUCGCUGACAGCUGCUUCUGGGGACAACAGGGUAGCCAACCGGCAGACUUCAGUAAGCAAAAAGCUGUUUGCGGCCGCUUUGAGUGAACGAUGGGAGGUGGACAGUGGCUUCUUGUCUGAGGCCAGCCCACCCCCCCACCACCCCGAGCUAGCCGACACAGUUCUCCCUGCAACAGCAUGUGCCCGACCACUGUGGUGGCUAUGGACUGUGAGAUGGUUGGCACAGGGCUGGGCGGGCGCACUAGUGAAUUGGCACGCUGCAGCCUGGUGGAUUACCAUGGCAACAUCCUGUACGAUAAGUACAUCCGUCCAUGCCAGCCUGUGACCGACUACAGGACCCGUUGGAGUGGCAUCCAGAGGCACCAUUUACAGAACGCUCUGCCCUUCCCAGAGGCUAGGACCGAGGUCAGUGAUGAGACCAUAACCACCAGAAGACUGGCUUUGCCAUUUACUCUCCUUUGAGUCCUUUACUUUGUGGGCAAAGAUCGGAGUAGUCUCUAUGCUAGAAAGCCCAACUGGACAUAGGUUUCAACUAUUCAGGGGUUUUAGGUUGCACAUAUCCUUUCCUUUGAGACCAAAGGCAGCCAUUUACGAUUAGUUUAAUAAUUUGGUUAUUUGUUUUGUGUGCAUACUCACGUUGGUAAUGGGCACCAAUACUAACCAGUCUGCUUUCCUUGUUCAGAUACUACGAAUACUGGAGGGGAAAGUAGUGAUCGGCCACGCUCUGUACAACGACUUUCAGGCCUUAGACUUGACCCACCCAGGUCACAUGAUCAGGGACACCAGUGGCACGCGUCUGCUCAGGCGACUGGCUGGCUUCCCCACAAAGCGCUGCGUCUCACUCAAGAUCCUGACAAACGGCCUCCUAAACAGGAAAAUACAGGUGAGUGCUCCUGCCUGCCGUCUAGGUGUUUUUGGUGACCGUUUAAAAGCAUCUGAGGUUAGGGAUCUGAAUGGAUGGAUAGAUCAUAACAGCCUUGACAGUGUUGGGUUGGUCAGGGGGUUUUGACUCUAUGAUGACACAUGAUCUUUGUCUCAUCCCUACCAGGUUGGAAGGAGGGGCCACAGUUCAGUGGAGGACGCUCUGGCUUCUUUGGACCUGUAUAAACUGGUGGAGGGGGAGUGGGAACAGGAUAUGCGAGAGAGAAUGAGGGACUGGGACAUAGGUACUCUCCCAGACCCCGCUACCUCAAACCACUACAUGCAGGACCAAUACUGGCCAGAGGACUUCAGAAGGCUGUAGGACAGUCGGUGAGAGGAGAAGGCUGUAGGACAGUCGGUGAGAGGAGAAGGCUGUAGGACAGUCGGUGAGAGGAGAAGGCUGUAGGACAGUCGGUGAGAGGAGAAGGCUGUAGGACAGUCGGUGAGAGGAGAAGGCUGUAGGACAGUCGGUGAGAGGAGAAGGCUGUAGGACAGUCGGUGAGAGGAGAGAGGAGAAGGCUGUAGGACAGUCGGUGAGAGGAGAGAGGAGAAGGCUGUAGGACAGUCGGUGAGAGGAGAGAGGAGAAGGCUGUAGGACAGUUGAUGGGGAUAGUACUAGGCCAGGGGUAUUAAGUCGAAUGAUUAAAGUUGCCAAGCAUGGCAGUAUGGUUUAGUCUGUU